CGACGAAGCCAAACGUUCCCCUCAUUCAUUCGCUUUCGCUUCGCACGAACGCACCUAGAGGUCGCCACGCGGAGCGGAGACGAGACGCUGCUGUGUAACGUGGUCACCCUGCUGUUGAAGACCUUCUAGUCGAGAGAUCCGCUCGUCGGGCACAUACUAGUUCAGGAACCGAAGCACAACCACAGAACCAAAAAUGGCAGAAAUUGAAGACACUCAUUUCGAGACUGGCGACUCUGGUGCCUCAGCUACCUUCCCGAUGCAAUGUUCCGCCCUGCGGAAGAACGGUUUCGUCAUGUUGAAGUCUCGUCCAUGCAAAAUUGUUGAAAUGUCGACCUCCAAGACAGGCAAGCACGGUCACGCUAAAGUUCACAUGGUCGGUAUUGAUAUUUUCUCUGGCAAGAAGUAUGAAGAUAUUUGCCCCUCUACCCACAACAUGGAUGUUCCCCACGUCAAACGUGAAGAUUAUCAGUUGACAGACAUUUCUGAUGACGGGUACCUCUGCUUGAUGGGUGACAGCGGUGACCUUAGAGAAGAUUUGAAGAUCCCCGAUGGUGACUUGGGUACUCAGCUGAGAGCUGAAUACGAUGCCGGCAAGGAACUUCUGUGCACAGUCCUGAAGUCCUGCGGUGAAGAGUGUGUGAUUGCCAUCAAAACCAACACUGCUCUCGAUAAAUAGGUGACAUCAUUGUUCUAAUCGUGAGCAUAUAAGAACAGGGGUGGCUUUGGAGUCAUUGUGACUGUCGUUGGAGGUCCUUGCCAAUUCAAAUUUUGCUAAACUCUCGGCUUAUUUAAUGAGAGAUCUCACAUUUGUUUCCAGUUGUUUCAACUUUGGAAGUAUUAUUGAAAAUGUUGCCAGGACAGAGUUGCCGUAUAUUUAUGUGGGUUUUUAAUUCCUAGAUAGCUUUUGUUUUAAAUUUUUCUUUUUUACUACUGUGCUAGUUCUGGUAGCUAAGUAAAUAUACUUUGAUUUGUCUGGGAACAUUGUCAAUGAGAUUGUGCUGGACUGACAAAUAAGCUAAUCUAAGGCAAAGGUGGGUGAAUAGAACUUACUGACUUAAACUGCAACUCCAUUAUUGUUAUCAGCUCCUUGCAGCUGAAUUAUUUUGAAACGGAUUUCUUUUUAAAAAAAUAUAAAAUUAUGGAAGUACAAAUAAACAAUGGCUUGACCAAGGACUGUGACCUAAUAAAUGCUAGACACAAGUGAAA